ACACUUUACUCUUAACUCAACACAAUGUCUGGCCGUGGAAAAGGUGGCAAGGUAAGACCAGAUUCAUAUAUUUUAAUCCGAGUCUUAUUUUUCUUCAAGGGUCUCGGAAAGGGUGGUGCCAAGCGUCAUCGUAAGAUUCUUCGUGACAACAUUCAGGGCAUAACAAAGCCCGCUAUUCGUCGUCUCGCCCGUCGUGGUGGUGUCAAGCGUAUCUCCGGUCUCAUCUACGAGGAGACUCGUGGUGUUCUCAAGAUCUUCCUUGAAAAUGUGCGUCAGUACAUACACAGACCCAUGUGCCUACUCACGUUUCUCCCCAGGUCAUCCGUGAUUCAGUAACAUACACUGAGCACGCAAAGCGGAAAA